GCGCCGCAGUCGAAAUGUCAACAAUAGCAAUAACGCGCUAUUACGGACGCACUUGUUUCGUGUUGUAUUGUUUCUCGCCUCGCGCGCUUUCAGUCGCGUCCAUUCACUUGUCGUCGUCGGUCGUCUCGUUAGUCGACUUGUGUCGUUAGCGUUUUUUUAUUAUUAUUAUUAUUUAAUUAAUUAUUAUUUGGUUUUGUUAAUUAUUACUCCGUCACAAACAUGGGAACACUAGACAAGCACACCAGUUACAAGAUCGACGAUGUGUUCAAAUCGAACGCCUUGGUAGACAUCAGAGCUUGUAGCAAGCCGGUCGUCAAGUUUAGUUUUACAUUAGAUUUGUUUUUGAACUGCAUGAAUGCUAUUGAAGUUUAAUUUUUAUGCAAAAAUAUCAUCAAUAUGAUAAAUAAUACGUCAUUAUUCCGUGGGGUGCGUAGUUCAAAGUUCCGCCACGUUUAUGGUUCUCCAUCUAGAAGAGAAGAGCUUUACGAUAAUAUUCCAAUAACGCGUAAUGCUCAUGAUUCCAAUUUUUGUGCAGCCAACCCAAAAUUUGUAGCAAUUGUCACUGAAGUUGCAGGCGGAGGAGCAUUUUUAGUAUUGCCAAUUACUAAGACGGGUCGUUUGGAUUUAAAUACUAGCAAAGUCACUGGCCACAGUGGCCCUGUAUUGGAUAUUAAGUGGAAUCCAUUCAACGACAAUAUAAUUGCGUCUUGUUCGGACGACUGCACUAUUAAGCUAUGGUACAUUCCGGACAGUGGAUUGAGUUGCAAUCUCACUGAAUGGUUAACAGAACUACGUGGUCAUAGACGCAGAGUUGGUUACAUAGAGUGGCAUCCAACUGCAGAAAAUGUUUUGGCUAGUUCUGGCUUUGAUUAUCAGGUUAUACUAUGGAACGUAGGAACCGGCCAAGCCAUAAAUAUCAUCGAUUGUCAUCCCGAUAUAGUGCACUCGAUCACUUUCAAUAGAGACGGAAGCAGAUUAGCAACUACUUGUAAAGACAAAAAAAUCAGAACAAUUGACCCUAGGUCCGGGCUCGUAGUAUCGGAAGGAAUUUGCCAUGAAGGUUCACGGUCAUGCAAGGCGGUUUAUUUGGACAAUGAACGAAUACUAACAACAGGUUUUUCGACAUAUUCUGAUAGACAACUGGCCGUUUGGAAUCAUAGCGAUUUGUCAGAACCAUUAAAUCGUCUCACGGUCGAUUCGUCUUCUGGAAUUUUAUUUCCAUACUAUGAUUUCGAUACAAAAAUGGUUUACUUAGCCGGAAAAGGCGACGGUAAUGUAAGAUACUAUGAAAUAGUCGAUGAACAUCCUUAUAUACACUUUUUGAAUCAAUUCAUAUCUGGUUGUCCACAGAAAGGAUUUGGAAUGAUGGUGAAACGAGGUUGCAAUGUGAGCCGUUGCGAGAUAAUGAGGUUUUACAAAUUGCAUACAACCCGUAAUGUCUGUGAACCCAUUUCAAUGAUAGUUCCACGCAAAAGCGAUCAGUACCAACACGACUUGUAUCCCGAUACUGCCGCGCCAGUACCAGCUUUGAGUGCACAAGAAUGGUUUGGCGGCAUUAAUAAACCACCGGUGUUGAUGUCGAUGAAAACUGGUGUCUCUGUAAAAACGCACAAGCCUCAAGCAUUUGUAUGCAACGAAGCAACUCGUAACGACACAAAUUAUCGUAUGAAGUAUGCAUUUCUUUCGAAGGAGACUGUACCCGAUUAUCGGCCACUAGACAUUUUACCGGAAAAUGAGAAAAUACAAAAAACCCAAGUAAACCAAAAUACGAGAUUUCAACAAAUACAACAAAAACUAACAAAUUCAAUGGGUAAUAAAGAAGAAGAUUACGUCAAUACCAGAGUACCUGAAAAUUUCAAUUACAAUAACGACAACUCUAAAAAUGAAUAUCAAAUGAAAAAAGCUUUUACAAGACAAUGCGAAGAGUUAAACAUGUUAAGAAAGCAAUUGGCCCACAGAGACAGACGAAUUCGAGAUUUAGAAGAACUCGUAUCUACCCUUCAAUCGCAACUAAAAGUUCAAAGACUUCAGUGAUUUGUUAGGUCCAAAUUCUCGAUGUAGUAUUUUUCUUAAAAGGAAGUUAUAAUUCCUAUUUAUUAAGAAGUUUGGUAUAGGCAAUUUUUUUUUAUAAAAUCUUUAUUUAAAACUUAAAGGUACUGUAAGUAUUAAUUCAAUUAUUAAGACUCACUUUGGUGGUUAAUUUAUUUUCACAGCUUCAUAACUCCGCAGAAUGCGUUUUACUCGGUUAGAACAAAAACACCAUUAUAAAAUAUCUAAAGACAAUAACACGGGGGUAUAACGUCCUCUUAAGUGCUUAUCGUAGUCUAAUGUGAACUUGUAAAUCAUUUAACCAAACUCAUUUUUAAAAUUAAGACUACAUUCAGGGUUUAGACUAAAGGCAAAAACACAAAUUUUGGAUCAAAUUAUAUUAUACAUUUUAUUCUGCAAUAAUUCCAUUUUACCAAAUAAGUUUAAGCUUUUAAGAAUUGCGUAAUUAUAUGCAUUGUUCUUUUUUUAUAUAUAUAUAUGUUUACUAAUAAAGAGGCUAUAGAGUUGUAAAAUUUGUUUUAUCAAAUUGUUCAGCUGCGUUUCAUUUUUACGUUUGUAAAAAAAAUGUAAGUAUUUUGUACAACAAACAAUAAUUAGAGUAUAUGGACAAAUUAUAUUAUAUUUUAGAUUAUAUUUAUAAUUAGGAAAACUACUUUUUUGACUUUUGUUAUAACUAUUUUGUUACGACAGGAAAUUAUUUACGCUGUACCUAGUGCAAUAUAGUUGUAAGAUUAAAAAAAUUAAGCAUCAAGUAAACAACUUGUUAAGUAUUAUUGUCAUCAUUUGAAUCAUUCAGAUAGUUUUGAAUAACGGGUAAUCAAAAUAUAAGUGUAUAUUUUUUAAGAUAAACAAAUUAUUUAUAAAAAAUACUUUAGUUAAAAACAACGAUUAUAUUAUUGGUAUAAUUAUUCUAAAUUAUCGUAUAAGUCUUCAACGAGGUACAUUACGAGCUCAUAAUUGUGUCAUUUAAAACAAUUUGUUUUAAUUGCUUUUGUUUAAAUAUUUUCGAACAAUAAAACAUAAGUUGAACAUCGAAAGCCGAUAGUUUUAAUUUGACUAAUUCAUUUAGAUCAACAAAGCAAAAUAAAAUGAGUAACUUGUAUUUUUGUUGUAACACACCAAAGGUGAAGGUGAUUUUUUUAUAAAACUAUGUAUUUCUUGAUAAUCGGGCCAUGUUAAACAUUUGUUAAGACGCCAUUUCUCUCAGGAUAUCGUUUAACACAUAAAUAGUCGCUACUCGCUCCAUCCGUUGUGUACGAUUAUUAACAUUUCAUUCCAUCGGUAAAUUAUUGUAUUUAAAGAAAAUUAAUGAAAUAAAUGUACUAUUUGAUGUUCCUUUUUUAUUUUUACAAAAUAUUGUUAUUAAACUUAUGACUUUGUAUUUUUUUUCCGAUUCAACUAUUGAAAUAAUGUCAAGUUUUGUAUUAACUGAAUAUUACUUUUUUUUUUUUAGUUGAAACUUCAGAGCUUUGCUCUUGUUUUACAGUUGAUAAUUAGAUUUAACAAACAUUUUGUCAUACACAACCGUAUAUUUUAUUAUUUAAUUACCAUU